AUGACCGUUACAGCUAGAAGAAGCGACAAACAAUUAUUAAAAAAGAAGAAGAAUGAAAAGGCUUCUCAUCGUCAUGAUCAUCUUCAACAUAACAAUAUAAUCGGAUCAAAAUUAUCAUCAACAACAUGUGUUUAUGAAAGUAAUGAUGAUCAAAAGAGGCUUGGUAAAAUUCGCUAUUCUUUCUCGUCUUCAUGUAUUUUAGCCUUUCUGAUGAUCAUGUUGUUAGUUUUGGUAAUUGCUCUCUUCCAAGCAGCAAUAACAACAGAUUCAUCAUCAUCAGUUUUAUCAUUGUCGGAUUCUUCUUCUUCCUUCUUUUUAAUGGUAAAUGCUCAAUAUAUAUUGAAGGAUAAGAUUCCAGAAACAUGUAUGGAAGCUCUCACUAAAUAUCGAUAUGAGAAGAAUGUUCUUUCACUCAGCAAUCCCACUCUCGUAGUUCCUCCUUCCUAUCCAUCGUCCGAUAUUAAUUGUGGAACAGUUGGAACGAGACCUUACUUUCGUUUGAGAUUGAGUUUCUAUGAUCAGAGUCCUUAUCUUGGCUCGUACAAUGGUUCAUACUAUACAGAUGCUAAUUUAAAGGCCAUUAGUGAGCCAUUCAAUUUUAUUUCAACGAGUGAACUGUUUAGAUCAUCUAAUUAUCAAACAGCUAGUACAGCUGGUUACUUGUCAGCUAGAGAUGUGUUUGUCAAUGCAAAGAAUUUCAGUUUUAUUAGUUCUGGCUUGGUUUUGGCUGAUUACUUUUACACCACUCCAGAUGGUUGUCAGAAGGUUGCAAAGGCAAAUUCUGUAGAUUUUGCUGGAGCUUCCAGAAUUUCAUCCAUUUAUAAUAGCAAAUGUAAUAAUGGUGGAGAUUAUGAUACAUUUAUUGGAUACAGUAAUUCAAUCAAGUUACCUCCUGUUGGAAGUUUGGAAUAUAACUUAUUGAGACAGCAAACUGGAGAUAAAUCCUAUCUUGCUCUUGGUUAUAAUUCAACUUUACAUUAUCAAACAAUCAAUUCAACUCUAUCUCAAACACCAAAGAAUGUUCUAUUGCUUUAUACUGCUACAUGCAGUGGAACCGAUGAGUGUAGUGGAAAUGGAGUAUGUUUAUCAUUGAACGAGGGAUGUUCUUGUUUUUCACCAUAUUAUGGACCUUUUUGUAAUAAUACUAUUCAACAUUUGAAAAAUGUAGAGAUUGCCUAUCCAACACCAACACAGUAUGGAGGAUGUAAAUUUUAUAUUAGUACAGAUAUUGCUAAUAAUCAAUUUUCAGAUAUGUGUGGAGGUAAUGCAGUGAAUACUGUUGGUUCUGUGAAUUAUAUCACAGGUGCAUCUGGAAAAGCUCUUGAAUUUGGACCAGAAUCGAGUUCCAGAGCUGAUGUACUCAAUUUUCCAUUUCCUUCCACUAAAGUCACUGUUGCAUUUUGGUUGCUUUCUGAAUCAGAGGGUAAUCAUUUGGAGCAAGGUGCACCAUUCGCGUAUCAAGUAAAUAAUACAUAUUUUGGAUUCGUUCUUACUGACUAUCGAAGCUUGAAAGUUUCUAUUAAUGAACCACACGUAUUGAGAUAUUUGUUUACUGCCUCUAAUUCAUGGGAUACAACUGUAAACAUCAAUAGUAAAACUUGGCGUCAUGUUGCAGUAUCUUGGAGUUCUGAUAGUGGACUUCUCAAACUCUAUAUUGAUGGAACAUUGAAGGAUUUCAAACUGGAUUACAAGAAGGGCCAAAAAAUUCCACCAAAUGGUACUCUCACUAUUGGAAAUUUGAGAUCUCCAGGAUCAGGAAAUGUAACAUUCUUCCUCGAUAAGGUGACUGGAGCAAUCGACGAAUUUGUUAUUUUCGACAGAGUGUUAACUGAUAACGAAAUUGGAAUACUAGCUACACCAAGUACCUUUUGCUUUGGCGUAUCUGGUAAGAAUUCUAGUGUUUGCUCAGGGAGAGGCUCAUGUGUUUCGUUUGAUACUUGCUCCUGUACUACUCCUCAUUCUUAUGGCACUAAUUGUGAAUUUUGUGAUACUGGAUAUGGAGGAUCUACUUGUAAAAGAAUGUGUGGUGGAUUGCCAUUUGAUGAUCCUUUAGUGUGUAAUGGAAGAGGUAGCUGUAAUGAACCAGAGAAGUGCACAUGCCAGUAUGGUUACAAGUUUGGUGGUAAUUAUUGCCAAGAUGUUUAUUGUCAUGGUAUGAUUAAUGGAUGUGUUAAUGGUAACUGUACUGUUGUUCCUGGAACAGAAAAGCUCCCUGGUGACAAUCUUUGUGUUUGUAACCCUAAUUUUUAUAAUGACCCUGCCGAUAAUGCGUGUAAAUUCACUACUUGUAAUGGUAUUCUCUCCAUUGAUGGAACUGUUUGCAAUCUUAGAGGUAAUUGUGUUGCAAAAGAUGUGUGCGUCUGUACAAACACUUUUUUCGGUGGCCAAUUCUGUGACCAGAAAAUUUGUUAUGGACUGCUUGAGAAAGACGAAAAUGCAUGUUCAGGAAGAGGUAUUUGUGGUGAUUUCGGAUAUUGUUCGUGUUUCAUUUCUGGUACACCUGUAACCAACGAUUGUGCUUGUUUAAAUUUGAGAACUGGAAGAAAUUGUGAACUUGGAGUUCCAUCACCCUCUCAGGUGACUUCAAAGUUUCCAGAUAACUUGUAUGCUAUCAUAGAUCCAAAUAAUUCCACUCUUCAGUUUACUGUUAGAUCAAAAUUCGAUGCUACUUCAGUUAGUAUUACCACUUACCAAAAUGCUUUACAUUGUAUUUACAGAACCAGUUCAUCUUCAGUAUCAUUUAAGGGAGUAUUCCUUUAUGCCUCUCGAGUAACUUCUGAUACUGAUGAAAAUGUAUUUGAUAUCACUUUUAAUUGUACUUUCUCAUUCAAUUCAACAGCUAUGAAUAUUAGCAACAAUGGAAAUCUCACAUUGGCUUACAAAGAUAGACAAUCAGCAACUUUUUCACUGUUCAAUUUCACUAAUACCUAUGUGGGUGAUUUGAAACUCAGAUCUGAUAGCAAUAUAAUGCCUUCUAGUGACUCUGAUUCAGUAGAAAUCAAGUAUGACUUGCCUUUUUCUUUGAGAAGCCAAGUCUACUUGCUUUUAGGCUCUUCAUGGACAGCACUCUCAUAUUACACUGCCUAUCCAGGAUAUCCAACUAGGGUAGUGGCUCCAAUUCCUGCAGGAUUGCUAUCAAAUAGUUUUGGAAUAAUUAAGGCCAAAAUAUUGGAUUAUUCUUUGGAUUUCAUUGUUCUUAACAGCGAUGCAACUAUUUCAUAUCAGUAUCCUAGUUUCACUAUUGAAAAUACUGGAUCAUCUAGUGGGUUGAUAUUCAGCUUGCUUAUUCAAAAUGUGUUGCCUUCUAAUGUAUCUAAUUUUCAAUGUUUGGCUACCUCUGAUGGUACUCUCAAUCAAUUCAGUGCUAAUGUACAGAGUAUUCAAGCUGUUUCUCAAACCAGCUCUCUGGUAACGUGUGGCAAUAUCAAUGCAACAGAUGCUGGUUCCUACGUAUUGGAGCUCAAAUAUAAGGGAAGAACAGCAUCCAGACAAAACAUAGGAACCUACCGUGUUGGAAAGUCACUUGGUUUUGAUAUGAUUAGUUCAACUAAUGUUAUUGGUUCACCAUUUUUUGUUACUAAUGAUGUUGGCUCUUCUACAUUGUCAAUUUAUCUCAAAUUCAAAUUCUCUGGUGCCCAAUAUUCGUACUCUUGUGUUUCCGUAGAUGGAAGUAUUUCAAGUGCUUCGUUUAAUGGUAAUUCUCUCAAUUGUACUGUUUCAUUCCCUCCAGUAACAUCUCCAAGACAAAACUCAGUUGUUAUUAGAGUGAAGGAAAGUGUUAUGACCAAGUCAAUUCCAAUUUAUAAUGUUGUUUACUAUCAUGGUGUAAAGGAAAGUAUAAUUACCACUUCACCUAAUAUUCUUCAGUCAAUUGCAGGUCGUGUUAGUGGGCAACUAUCCGUACAAACAACAAAGAAUAAUACUUUAGAAGCAACUUGGAAUUAUUACUGCCUCUUGAAUGGACAAUUCUUUACUGCUACAUAUUCUCCUGCUUUAUCAACUUUUGUGUGUAGCAUUGAUAUUACAUUGAAUAAUCCAGUUUUGGAAAAUGGAAUUUUCUAUGCUGAUUUUGGAAUUUAUGUAUUUAAUGGAAUUUCUAGAAUACCUAUUACUUCAUCUUAUUUAUUGCCAAUAGCCAGUGACUCCAUUACUAUUGACACUUUGGAUUCCAGUGGUGCGCUCUUUGUGCAAAGUACCCAAUCGUUUACAAUUAACAAUUUCAAGCUAAAUAAGGCCAAAUUCAAUUGUUUGGCUAUUCAAAGUGCAACACUCAAAAAUUAUGAAGACAAAAUUCUAGUUUCAACUUUCCCAAUAGUAAUUGACUCUAAUUGCCAAAUGACAAUUCAGUACAAUCCUUCAAUACCAUACGCACAAGGCAAAUAUUCACCAAUGCUGAUUUCACCAAGUAUUUCCAUCACGUAUGGGUCUAUGCAAACUGAUAUUAUUGCUGUUUCUACAUCAUUCUAUUUUGUAACCAAAUAUUUGAGUAUCGCAGAGUCUUUCCCUUCUAUCUUGGAUUAUGCAACUGACACAACUGAUCUCAAAUACGUAUUUUUGGGAGUGACUUUUGAUGCUACAAGAAGAACCAAUAUCCAGUACAAGUGCAGAAUUGGCAGUACUCUUUACGAUUCUACAAUUCUCUCAGAUGAUAUGGUUAGAUGUGAAAUAUCUUCAAGAUCCACACUCUUCACAGGAAUCAACAGUCCAUCAGAAAGGAAUAUAACUUUAGAAAUGACAAAGGAUACCACAACAUCCAAAACGUUCCAAUUGGAUAUUUCUAAAACUCCACUCAAACUACCUUUUGAUACAAUCAAACCAACUCCAAAUUAUAUUGAAUCGACUCAAUUACCUACCAUUUCUUUCAAGAUUAUUUCCAAGGAUAGCUUUAUGUCAUUACCAUCCGAAACUUCUUUCCUUACAUACAGCUUACGUUUGAAUUUUGAGGGAACUAAUCGUGAGAUUGGUUGCAAUAUUGCAAAGACCACCUAUCGUAUUGUCUGUACCAUCACUACUGGAACUAUUUCAUUCUCCAAAACUAUUCAGACCAUAACAGCAACCCUUUAUUCCUCAUUCACAAUUGCUGGUGUUAACUAUAAGGAACCUCUCACAACACUGAGUUUCAAGAUUGUUGCUUAUCAAACUGUGAAUGUUGACAAUGUUUAUCCAAAAGUUAUUACAUCAGAUACUGUGUCAAAUAGUCCACAAGUUUAUUUGUCAUUCCAUAAUAGCUAUGACUCAUUGUUAGGUAUUGAUUGGAAGUGUUUAACAUCUAAAGAUGUAAAUAUGACCCUGUCAAAUGCUCCAUUCACAAAAGGUCAAACUAUCAGUACUCCUGACUUUUUGUUGUGUGAUUUGGAUCCAAUGAUUUCCUCCAAGGUUAAUGCUGGAGUUGUCCAAUUUGCAUCAUUCUUCAAUGUAACUAACUUGUUACUCGACUCAGCUCCUUUGCAGGUAACCAAACUCAGUUCUGAGGUUUACUAUUUACAAAAGGGUAAUGUUUCAGUUACUGGAGGAUCAAAUCUGUUUGCAGUUAGUGGUUCCUUUUCUGUACCUGUCAGUUUUAAUCAAACAAUUCCAUACAGUCUUAUUGCAAACAAUUUAGUUUAUUGUAUGCUAUCUAAUGCAAAUGGAUAUGUUUUGGGAACAAUAACCGUAGCUCAAAAGACUUCUAUUAAUUGUGCCUUUAUUCCAAAUUCAAACAUUUAUGGUAAACUUACUUUGAGUAUCAAUUACUUUGAGAAUGUACAAGCAAUUUCCAAAACAUUCCAAUCCGUACUAUCUGCGAAUACCGACCAAGAGUUAACAGUAGUUCCAACAGUUAACAUACAAUCUGUUUCCAUGUAUAGCGUUCAAACAUCCAAACAAUUCUCAAUUGUUAUCACAACAGCAUUCAAUACAUCAUCUAACUUUGGAGAAGCUUCUUUUGGUUGUGUGUGGAAUUCAGUAUCAGACCAAAGUUUGAAUAGAGUAUUCCCUGCAAAAAUCAUCAACGAAGGUGUAUUCAAUUGCACAGAAAUAGAACACUACUCAGGAAUAUAUCAACUUUCUAUUGGUUUGAGUCUUCAGGGAAAACCAUAUUUUUCCAUUACCAAUACCUAUGCUACUAUUAACGUCAUUGGUGGAUCAUUCUUGAGUCCAACAACUGCUCUGUAUUCUGGUGGAACAACUGCUACACUCUACUCUGACUUCAUAGAUCAAUCUAGCGUUUCAGUUAGCUUUGUUGAUGAACCAACAAGAGCUUUCACUUGUUCUCUCAUUGCAUUCCAAACCUAUUCAUGCAUAAUACCAGAUUUAAGAUCUAGCAGUAUUAUCAAGCCGUACUAUCAGUAUAACUUGGAAAUCAAAACCGUACCAAAGGUAUUGUCCCUUCCUAUUGUUCCCUACUCACCAGUGGACAUUAUACAAGUCAAUCCACCGUUUGUAAUCGAUACUGUUGGCGUUGCUUCAUCAGUAAUUACAUUAUUUUCCUCUUCAUUAACACUUGGACCAAACUCAAAUCUUACCACUGUAUUUGAUAAUGAGUUUAAUUUGAAAUUGGAAAAUAAUAUUCCAUACAAUCUAGUUCAAGGCGUCACCUCUUCGUCUUCAUCAUUUACAUUUUCUAACUCUGGUAACUAUAGAGUUUCUGUGUCAACUAAAUACUUGUUAGCAAAUAAUUUCCCAUUCACUCUGGAUAUUACAGCCAACAAGGGAAAUUUCCAAGUAUUGAAAAAAAUACCAUUCAGUAUUGCCAGUGGUCAAUCCGAUAUUUUACUGGUUAAUUCUGUUUCAUCUGUUUCAUUUGUGUUAAAUUAUGGAUCUUUGGUUGUACCAUCUGCAAUUGUGAAGAAUAAUCUUUAUUGUAAAAUUUCAACUACACUUUACAAAGCUACAGUUACAGCUUUAUCUAGCACUGUUGAUCAAAUUACUUGCUCUAUUACUUAUUCACAGGUUGGUUCUGUAUCUGCUGAUUUGUUCUAUUAUGCUAAUGGUUCUGAAACUUCAAUUACCUCCUCUCCAGUUACUUUAUAUUUCGAAAAUACCUAUAGCGUUGCCACAGUCACUCCACAAUUUACUCUCAAUACUCCUCAAACUGUUCAGGUAUCUUUGAAUUCGUUCGGCUCUAUGGAAAAUAUUGUUUACAAAUGUGCUAUUAGUUCAGCAUCUGCUCUAACUGCAGUUGAUGCCUUUGUGGUUGGUAAUGUGGUUACAUGUCCUUCAUUGACUGGUAGUAGAAAGACAUUCUUUGAUAUUUAUGCUAUUACCAGAGCUGUAUCUGUUCCUUUCAAGAUUACAAGUAACCAAUUUGCUCUUUACUUUGAAACUGUCAAAACAAUAUCCUUUACUAAUCCAUACUUGUGGACAAUUAAUGAUCAACUUGUAAACACAAUUCCAGACUUCCAAGUUUCAGUUUCCACCAUUGACGUAGUGGAAACAGGCAUUGUUAAAUGCGUGUUGACUCUUGAUGGAUCUGUAGUGGCUAGCACUUUCGUAACAAAGAUUGUUGGAAGUGAUAUUUUGAGUUGUGUCUUUUCCACAGAUACUGCUGUUAGUAAGGUUAACAAAAUGUUAGAACUUCGUCUUGGAAUUCCAGAUCAAAGUUCAAACUAUCAAUACUUAACAAAUGCCAAGAAGAUUCCAGUGUUGCCAGUUCCUACUCCAAUUGCAAACAGAAAUAAUAUGGAUAUGGUCGCUGCUUCGGUAUUCAACAAUGGAACAUUUGUUAUUCCUUACGAUUUCAGUCCACAGAAUUUGCAAAUAUCAGUUCAGAUGAAGGAUGAAUCCGUUUCCAUCUUAUCUGGAAUUGACCAAAGCUCAGCACCAUACUUUGUGGCACCUUAUGUUGGCCCAGUUGAUAAUCUUUCGCCACCAACCAAUUACAUACCAAAGAAAUCUGUUCCAUUUGUUACUUCCUUCUAUAUGAAUGUGGCUAACAAGGAAAUUUCUCAAUCUAACACCCAAGUAGAAACCUACUCCUUGGUAGUUUAUGAUUUAUUGACAGUUCAAAAGAUCAGUCCAUUUGUACUGACCACUUCAGACAUUAGUAUUAGAGAUUAUAGUUACAUUACAAUUUACUUGUCAAAAUAUUCACUCAAUACUACAUAUUCAUUCAAUUGCUAUGUUAAAAAUGAUAAUGACGGUACAUCAUAUCAAACUAGUGCUAUCAUUAUAUCAUCCACUGUUGUUAAAUGCAAACUUGCUAAAACUACCAAGUCGGGAUUUAGCUCUGUACAAUUAGUAAUAGAUGGAACCAGUAAUUUUAUUACUGAUAUUAAGAAAAUAUUAGUUUUGGAUGUUGGAUUCCCAUUGAGUUUACCUUACGGCACAGUGUAUGGAGGACAAAAUGUUACACUCACCUAUUCAAAUAUGUUUGACACCAUUAAAUCCAUAAAUCAUGGUGGAAAUAGUAAUUGGAUGAGUCAAUACUCAUUCACAUUAUUAUUCAUUGACAAUAAGAAGAUAAUGACACCACUCCAAAAUUGCCAAUUGCUCACAAGCUCAGGUAAAUUCUUGAACUGCCUUACACCAAAUGUUCAAUCACAAGUGAGUAGCACAUCCAAGCAGUACUAUGUCGUUCUCUACAUUGAUGGUUUCCCAAGUAUGACACUGAUCUCGCUAUUCACAGCAAUCAAACCUUCAGCUGUUUCCAGUAUUUCUCCAAGUAUUAUUGAUGCCAGCAAGACAUCAAACUCUGGUACUUUGUCCAUAGCAUUUGCUUCUACUCUUGACAGUAGACUCGUUACAUUUGCUGUCAAGUACAGAAGUUCAGUCAGCCAAUUAGUGGUGAGUGAAGGAACAAAUGGUUGUGUUAAAAAGUCAGCCACACAAGUUGAUUGUCCUUUGCCAACAAUCUUGUCAAGCAAUCCUGGAUUCUUAUUUGUUGAUUUUAGUUUUGAUGAUUUCAGCUCGUACAUUACUCUCAGUCAAACUGUUGAAAUUUAUUCAUGGUCUGGAUCUAUUGGUUCUGCCUCUCCUGCAACAGUUGAUGUUUAUUCUGCCACUUUGGUCAGUAUCAAUGUCCUUGGUUUACCAAGAAAUACACAACCAAAGAUCAAGCUCAAUGAUAAUAUCAAUAGCAAAGUUCUUGAUGGUACCUACAACCAAAAUACUAAUCAGAUUACAUUCACAACUGUUCCACUCACUUACUUAUUUGGAGGACAACUACCAAAGAGAAUACCUUUCCAAUUAUCUUUAGAUAAUGGUUACUCGUUUGGAGAUUUCAAUUUGCAUUUAGAUUUUGCUGUUUUGGCAUCAAUAAGCAUCUCUCCAACUCAGGCAAUUUCUGGAUCAGCAAUUAAGGUAUCAAUCAGUGGUGUUUCAGUUGAUUCUCCAUUGCUACCUUUACAAGUAUCCUUGAGAAUCAACAAACAAGAUACUUGGCUAACUUCAUGCUCUAUUAGUGGUCUUGAUUUUUGUCUUGAUAGUGCUCCAUCUACAACAGGAACUUAUUCUGUGGUUGUUUAUUCUCAACAAAAGCCAAUCCAAGCAGGUUCAUUAACUGUCAAUGUAAUUCCAAUGCCAACAUUCAGCAGCAUUUCUCCAAGCUUAGUAUUUUCAUCAACACCUACUAUCAAAGUUUAUGGAAGUUUUUCAAGUGUAUUGGUAAUCUCACAGAUUCAAGGUAAACUUCAACUCAAAUCUACAAGAAGAGCUAUUUUAGGUCAAGAAAUAGGACUCUCACCGGUCUCUGUUACCUCAACCUAUGUAGAAUUGAGUAAUCCUGGAAAUGCACCUUCUGGUUCCUACGAUUUAUUAUUGUCAUUUGAUUCUGGUUCAUCCUUCAAUACUGUAAACUCUUUAACUUACAGUUCAGGUGGACAACUGACAAGUAUUGAUAAUAUUACACCUGAUUUUGUUCAGACGAAUCAAAUCCUUACAAUUGUACCAAACAGUUUAAUGUUACACUUUAGUCAAGCAUUGCCUUGUGGCAAUACCAAUAAUUUGCAAUUCACAAUUGCCACAAGCUCAUCAUUCUCAUCCCUGACUCUUUCUUUGCAGAAUAUUAUUAAUUUCUAUCAAGGUUCUGGAUUGUCAACAAGUGAUAUUUUCACAUGUGUGGACUCUUCACUUUUCAUUCUCUAUCCACCAUUGAAUAAUACACUUCCUGAUUAUUCCAUAUUAGAAUUCCCAUUUGCAACAACAUUUACUGUUACAUUCAAUGGAAUUGAUACAUUCUCCUUGCCAAUCUUGAUUAAGAGCAAAUAUGACGAGCCACGUAUUAUCAAUGUUCAACCAUACCUCCUUGAAAGAAACAUACCAACAAGUGUAACAAUUGUAGGUGAGAAUCUUGGCGCUGCUGUUGGUUGUCAAUUUAGUAUUAGUAACCAAAUUGUUAGAGUAGCCAAAGUAUUAACUUCAGUUUCCUCUGAGAUCAAUUGUGAAAUUCCUUCUCAGAUUAUAACCUCUGCAGAUACUUCCUUCUAUGUGCAAUUAUAUAAUUCUCGAUCAGAGUAUAGUAAUUCAUAUAAUUUAUACAUUUAUGAUAGAUUGAAAGUUUUAAACGUCAAUCCAAAGAAGACUUGGACCUAUGAUGACAUUCCAGUUACUCUCCAAGUUGAGGGUAUUACACAAGUAGUUAAUAUUUCAAAAUUGGCAACUGUAGAGAUUAGGGCAAUGUUUGGAACUGUUAUUUCAACAGAUGUUUGUACUGUGAUGAGUGAAAAUAUUAUCAUGUGUAUAGCUCCAAAGAGAGAGAAAGGUUUGACAAGUAUUUCCUUAUCUGUGAAUAGAAGAGAGUGGUAUUCUUUGAAUGGAGAAGGAUUCACAUAUGCUGCAUUUAAGAAUGGCUCAUCAAACACCAAUGCUCUACAACUUUCCAGUGAUGCCAAAUCAAUGUUUGAAUACGUUCCAUGUAUGGCUGGUUACGGAGCUUCCUCUUACAGAGAUGUAUGUCAAGAAUGUAAGCCAGGUUUCUACAAACCAAUCAAUGACAGUAAUGCUUGUAUUCCAUGUGAUUUUAAUACUUAUUCAUCAUCUUUCCAAGCCAAGGAAUGUAUUUCUUGUCCGGUAAACACUUUAACACUUCAAAAGGCCUCUACCUCACUCACUGAAUGUAUUUGUCAAAAUAAUUAUUAUCUCAAUCCCAGCCCAAAGAAGUUGGAUGACUAUUGCGUAAAAUGUAAUGAGCAAUCUAUGAUUUGUAACGCUGGAAACAACAUACAUCCAUAUCCAAAGAAAGGUUACUGGAUGGGAAAACAUGACAAUUACACUGUUUACAGUUGUCUUCCUAUUGAAGCUUGUGGUGGUUUUUCAAUUGAAAAUUGUACAGUUGGAUAUAUAUCAGGAAAAUGUGGAGCUUGUGAUGUUGGUUAUUACAAAUUCAAUGGUUUCUGUACUAAAUGUGGAGACGAUGCUAUCUGGAGAUUGAUUGGAUUUGGUAUACUCAUGUUGGUUGUAGUUUUAAUUUUCUUAUUGAUCAGUAGUAUCAAACUUUCACAUUUGGCUUCUAUUUCUAUUGCACUGUCAUUCUUCCAAGUUGUUGCCAUGUUCACCAAAUAUAACGUCAAGUGGCCUGUUGUAAUGGAAUAUUCCUAUACGGCCAGUUCUGCAACACUUUUCAAUACUGACUUUAUCAAUCCAAAGUGUAUUUUCCCAGACAUUAACCAACUAACCAAAUGGUAUCUGACCUCACUCUUCCCAGUUUAUGUAUUUGUACUGUUUGUGCUGUUGUAUAUUUUGGGAAUUUUGAGAAAUGUUAUUGUUAGCAAGUUUGGACAUCACGUGAAAUUUGAAUAUCGUGAACCGUACAGAUAUCACAACGAUAUUGAUGAAGUGGAAUACUUGAAAAAGAAGGAAGAAGAAAAGAAGCUCAACAAGAAACAAAGAUUGAAGAGAAGGAUCAUUGAAAAUCUCAAUGAUUGGAAGAUUUGGUUUAUCAAUUUGUUUGUUUGGUUACGAAACUUCUUAGUUUGGCUUCUUAAGGAAAAGAUGAGCGCCAAACAAAUGAAAGUAUUCUUCAAUCAAUUGAUCAAUGGCUACACUGCGUUCCUCAGUUUUACCUUUGCUUUUAUCAUUUCACAAGCCAGUGACAUUUUCUAUUGUACACCUCAACCUGACAAUACUUGUGCACUUGUAUCGAGUCCAGAUAUCAGUAUUUUGGAUCCUCAGUGGAUUGCCAUGUUACCUCUAGCUAUUAUUUACUUUGUCGUGUUUGGUCUCGGUUCAAUCUUGUUCUUCCUCUCGCUCUAUAUUUAUAAGAAACAUUUGAAGUUGGAAGUUAGAAAGGAUUUGUUGAUACACAACCCAGAUUUGACAAAGACUGAAUUGGACGAACUCAAAUGGAAGCCAAAGAAUCCUGUCUUGUUACAGAAAGUUAAAGAUUUCGAUUUGAGAUUCAAAUUUAUCCAAAACAGAUUCAAGAAGAGACUCUUCUAUUGGGAAAUUAUUAUUACCUUCAGAAAGUUGCUUCUCUCCAUCUUCAACACCUUCUUACUUCCUCUUCAAACUGUUACCUUUGCUCUGAUUACUGUAUUCAUUGCUUUCCUGUUGCAAUCACAGUUUGUGCCAUUCAAGACCAAAUUCCACAAUCUCCUCGAAUGGGUUUCUCUAGUGUGUACUGAAUUGGUUUUGUUCUUUGGUUUACUUUUCUUGGUUGAUGAUGGUGCUUGGAAAGGAAAUGAAACCCUGCGUGGUUUUUGUGAAUGGAUUGCCUCCAUUGUUAUUGUAGUAUCUAUAGUGCUUGUUUUGGGAAUGCUUAUUUAUGAUAUCUAUGUCAGAAGAAAGAAGGACAGAAAGAAGGAAAGAUUGGCCAGAAGAGAAUUGGAACGAAAGUACGGUAAAGAAAAGGCCAAGUCACUCCAAGCAUUAUAUUCCAAACUAUUUGGUAAUCCGUUAACUCAAAUGACUAAGGUUGUACUAUUGGAAGAUGAGGAAGCACAAGAAAAGUGGAAUAUUAUUGAGAAUCCAUUAUGUGAUAGUUAUGAAGAAUUCCAUGAUGAUUGGGUAGUUGAAGAGAAUCCACUCUUUAUUCCAGAUGAUGUUGACGCUUAUGCUAGAAUGAACACUUCAAAGAGAAAGGUAGAAUUUAAUUUGACUCUCUUUGAAUCUGAUUCUGAUUCUAGUGAUGAGGAUAAUAGUAAGAAUAUUAGAGAUAUUAUGGAAGGAUUGGUAAACUUGAGACGUAUCAAAAAGAAGAUUAGAUUGGCUAAACAAAAAGGUGGUAAAGUUAAAAGAAAGUUUACCACUUCCAAAGCUUCCAAGAUCACAGACAAACUAGAAAAACAAGAUAAGGAAAUGGAAUUAUCUCACAAUUUGGAUGUGGAAAUUUACAAUAAUACAUUGUCAAGACUCAGUUCAAGAAUUGCUAUGUCACCAAGAGGAGGAAGAAACAGAAAUGAUUCCACAAUGACUGAUGAAGAAUCUUCCAUUGACAGCCCAAGAUCUUACAGUGCUGCCACCUCCUAUGAUCACUACCAAAAACGAGAACCAAAACCUAAGGAUAUUGCCCUUGUUACAGAAGAAAUCGAAAUUGAAGAAGAUGAAUUGUAAUUAUAAAACAACUAAAAAACUCAAUCUUU